CUGGCCCAGACGCUAGAUCGCACCCAUAGAAUGUAUGAUCGCACACCCAAUACACGUGUCGACGUCACCAGGAGCACACUGCGCAGGCGUUGACACGUGUAUCGGGUGCGAUCUAGCAUUUACCCCCGGAGCUGAGAUUCUCUUGGCUCUGACCGUCUGAAACUUAAACAUGAAAACGGGUACGAACCACACGAUAGCAGCGGGUCGGUAACGGAAGCCUCGUGAAGAUGAUGAUGAUGUGUUUUCGGAGGCCUUCCGCGCCAUUGUGUCGCAACGCAGCAAAUGUUCGCUGUCUGUUGUCUGCGCAGUGUGCGGGUGUGUGUCGGCUCGAGCCUGCGUCAUGGCGGCACAGACACACACCUGUCACCGACUGCGCGAGGGUAAAACAGUCUCCGGUUAGCGGCUCGUGGGUCUUUAGAGUCAAUGGGACGGACAGCCGCGUUGCGUGCUGGAGUGGGAUCCUCCAGCAGGUGAAAGCGACACCCUGGCACGCUCAAGGAACCGUGCUUCUGCACCGAGGAGGUCACGAGAGGUCGGUGACCAGCUUCAAGUCUCUGCUGUCCCCUAAAGCUCGUGGGCUUUGCAGCGGGAAGACCAAGGAGACACCGGACAGCUCCCCCGCAGCGGACCAGAAUGAAGCCAGUCCGGUACCGGGAGAGGGCCUCUUCAAGUUCAAAGAGCUGUAUGAGAACCCAUGGACAAUCCCCAACUUCUUGUGCGUGUGUCGGAUUUUGCUGGCUCCAUACUUGGGUUAUCUGAUCAUCCAGCAGCACUUUCACCUCAGUCUCGCUCUGUUCACACUGGCUGGAGCAACUGACCUGUUGGAUGGUUACAUUGCCAGAACGUGGCCAAGUCAAAAGUCGGCGUUGGGCAGCGCUCUCGACCCAUUGGCUGAUAAGAUUCUUAUCAGUAUUUUGUAUGUCAGUCUCACCUAUGCUGAACUUAUACCAGCUCUGCUGACGGCUCUAGUGAUUUCCAGAGACAUUGGUUUGAUAGCUGCUGUCUUCUGGGUUAGAUACAAGACUGUACCUCCACCGGUGACCCUUAGCAAGUUUUUUAACCCCUGCUACACCACAGCACAGCUCAAGCCCACGCUCUUCAGCAAGAUGAACACAGCCAUCCAGCUCCUUCUGGUUGCAUCUUCUCUGGCUGCUCCAGUCUUUCAGUAUACAGACCAUAUCCUGCUGCAGGGCUUAUGGUAUGUUACAGCGGUGACUACAGCGGCGUCAGGCUAUAGCUACUGGCAUUACGGCCGCAAGACUGUCCAGGUGCUAAACACCAGAUCACAAUGACAACCACACCAGGAAACGUCCAGAAAGCAGAGCAAAAGUAGUGAACAGCCACGUCAGGGACACUGAUUGGCCGUGGCAAAAGUCGGACAGAUGGAUAAUCGCCAGGAGCUCUAAAAACCAAGUAGCUGUGACAGCCAUUUAUGAGUCGCCAUGGCAAUGACACACGGAAACCAACCGACGCCGCAGAUGGUUUAACUGCAACACUACAGAAACGCCUAACGGCAACUCUGCCACUGGACUGGCUGUGGACUAGAGACACACGCACACAGAUAGAAACUGCAAACACAAAUAUAGACCAUCCACCCGACACACUCACACAUAUAUACACAUACAUGUCAAGUACAGUAUAUGUUAAGUGAUCUGGCAAGAGCUUCUAUUUUUUUGGUAGUUUUUCAAUCAAGAGGUUGCAAUGUCAACACAAUUGUCAGUUUUGUAAACCAAUGAUUUAUGAGUAAAACAGAAAAUUUGCUUUGGUUUGUCUGUGUGUGUGUGUACGUGACUGCAAGGCUGGUUUUUCUUCAGU